UUUUCAGAAAGACUUCGAAAUAGUAAGUGCGUUAUAUGGUUGUCAGCGAUAUUAUUGUGUAUAUGCAUGUGUAUGUAUAUGUGUACUUCUCAGUAUCCAUGUUUGACUGAAAUGUUAGGGCACAACUUUUCACAACGGUAUAUCGUUUGGAGUUGGUAUGUUUUAGAGACAUGUAUAAAAGUAGUGGAUUGAAAUGCUAGUAAAAAACAACAGUUAAAUUUAGGAUAAGGAGGACUUCCAAAAUCUGGAAGAUAAAAAGGGAAUGCAUCUGCGCUAGUAGGAACGGCUUUGAUCUAUAUUACCAACGUCUGAUUCUUAACAUCCCUAGGACCCCACUCAGAUCGUCUAAAUCCCUUUAUUUAGCUUUAAACAAGUCAAUAACUUAAUGGGUUUGUACAAGUAUUUUUAUUUUCCCAUCCUGAACCUGUUUCCAGCCUUAUCCGAUUUCAAACAAGCAACAAUUGUGAGAGGAUUAUUUAACAAACCCGUGAAUUUCGGUGGGAUUCAUCAAACGAAUAAUUUUGGAAGCAUGAUUAUUUCUAAUAGUCCAUUUGUUUAGCGUAUAUAAUAGCAACAAUUUAGCAAUUUAGUAUCAGGCUCGACAGAUUAAUGAUCGAUAAAAAGGCAAGUGAUGAUUUGAUGUAAUUAAAGAGUGAGUAAUAUGCUUUAAAGUACGAAGUGGAGUUACCGUAGUAGGAACGAUACAAAUUCUGAACAAUUAAACUUGAAAACACUGGAAAAUUUGUAAUAAACUUAACAUGUGUAAACCAUAUGGGACUAAAUAACUAUCUUUUGAUGUGUUUGAGCUAACUUCCAGCAAUAGUUUGAACGCUGCUCACCAAGAUAAAUACUCAUGAUUUUCGAUUAAAAAAGAAUUGGACAGUUUUGCAGAUAGUAAUAAUCACAAUAGAAUAAGUAACCAAUGUGAAGAAAAGAAGGGAGGAAAAUUAUAAAGGUGAUAAAUGCCACCAAGGCAAAUUUAGACUGACUAAUGUCUCCCUUUGUACACAAUAGUCUGACUUUUCCACCCUGAUGGUACAAGCUCCAGGGAACCCAGGUGUUAUAUUAUUGCCUAGCUUAUUAGUGAUUGUUAAGCUUUCUUCACCACAAUAAUAUGGUCACAGUUCAACAAAUGACCUGAUUGAGCUCGUUGGGAUGCCAUCGUGAGCCAUUUGGCGCGGUGUUCUUUAAAACAUUUCCAGAGUUCUCAGAUGAGUUCUACCGAAAUUUACUAAUUCAUUAAAUACUGCUUUUUCAGAAUUACUUCCUGUCUUAAAUUUACUUCGAGGAAGAAGUUCUAUUUUACACUGCUUGUUGGGGAAGGCGGCAGUUUGGCUUGCAUAACACAUAUCAAUCGAUAAAGCUGCACAACCUCCUUACUUAACACUGUUUGUGACCUAAAUUGUAAGUGGUCAUAUUGCACCGCGUAACACAAAACUCUUAACGGAGGUAUAUGCGGUCAAAAUCUCUUAAUAUGUUUAUAUCUCUUAUCUCUAGAGGCCUUGUUUCAUAACCACAAGGUAGGACGGAGCAAACUGCUGCACAAUUCAAGCAUCACUCAUCGUUCUAAGACUCAAUCACCUUCGUAACACAGUACAAACCUUUGAUGAAUAUCCUGAUAUCACACCUGCGUGAAAGGUCAGCAAGUACUUAGCAAACGGUGGUCGUGUUUUGUUGUUCUUAAAUACGUUUGGAGUCUGUAGUCAAUCUUCACAAAGUUUGGCUCAUUACGCAAAAUCUACGAAUGAUUGUGUGCUUAGUUUGCCUAAAGGCAAUGAUUUAUCUUGGACAUGGAUGUAUAAAAACUCGGUUCUAGUAGGUGGAUACCAUUUAAAAGAGGAGAUCAGUAAUUUGAACGAAGUUAAUGAAUGUCAACCUACAGUUGCCGUUCUCACAACUGAUUGUUUAAGAAGCAGUUCAAAUAAUUUGAAAAGCGCUUUAAAUCUUCUUGGGAUUCAGUGUGUGUCCAUUGUGAAUGGGCGAAAAGAUAAGGGCGAAAGAUUGUUGCCUACAGCUCAUGUACCCAGUGAGAAUAUUUUGUACUCUUUUUCAACAGAUUCAUCGAAACUGAAGAUUGUUGAAUUUCUAACCGAUGAAUGUGUAAAAAGAAAUUAUAAGGAAGAAAUUGUUCACUGUUCCAAUGUGUCUCAUCUUCCAGCAGGAUUUAAUUGGACAGAUUACUUUUCAAAUCUUCAUACUGAGCAUUUGGGCAGAUUAGUUAUUUGGGCUUAUUCUAUACCAUCUAGUUGGGAAUUUUGUCAACGAUUCUUUGAAAAAAUUCCUCCGAAUUCUGGACUUUUGGUAUGCUCUGAUAUUCAAACGAACGGAAAAGGCAGAGGUGAGAAUAAAUGGAUUAGUCCUGUUGGACAGGCUGCAUUUACAUUCCAUUUAACACUUUCCAAUUUCAUUGAUCGAAUGUUUAUGAAUUAUGUAACCUGUAUGCAGCAUAUUAUUGCACUGAGUAUAGUUUUGGCAUGUCGACAUCUAAUUGCUGAACAUCUAGAGAAAAUUUCAUGCGAAACAAAGUUUUCUGAUAUUAGCGAGGAAUUUCUUGUUAAUCUUCAAUACAAUGGGCCUAAAAUCCUUGUCAAAUGGCCAAAUGAUAUAUAUGUUGUAGAAGAUUAUGAUGAUAAUGGCGAAGAUACGAAUCUAAAGCCUUUUCAGUUUAAUAUCAUUGGCAAAUUGGCGGGUGUAUUAGUUCGUUGUCAUUUAGUCGAUUCGAAUCAUGCAGAAUUUUUAAUUGGUUGUGGGAUUAAUGCAUUCAAUGAAAUGCCUACAAUAUGCCUAGAACAAAUUUUGGCUCACUCUCAUCCGUGUAAUGCAAAACCAAAAUUUACAACCGCUAAGUUGAUUUCACUGGUAGUGAGCUACAUGGAAAGAAUAAUGACAAAAAUCCAUAAUUCUGAUGAAACCUAUAAUCUUCAAUGGGCACUUCGUUUGUACACUAGAUGUUGGAUCCAUACAAAUCAGAAAGUGGGACUUCAGGUCAAUUCAACUGUAAGUACAAAUAAUGCCGGAGAUCUGUCUGAAGAUAAUUAUCGUAUUGUUGGCUUAGAUGCUUAUGGUUAUCUUCUCAUUGAAGAUACACGUACAGGUGUUGAGCACAGUCUACAUCCAGAUGGUAAUUCAAUGGAUAUGAUGCGUGGGCUGAUAAUAGCAAAAUGAGUUGUUAUUUUUUUGCAACACACUUGUCCAACUAUCUUCCCCCCCCCCGUUAAGUUCCAGUGCAAUAAUUACUUUAUAGUAGGAUCUAUUUUCUUUUUGUGUAGUCUUUAAUGUAUUCUAUAUGUGUGCUUUUUUGUACGUAAAUGAAUGAUCGUCGCUACUAUUUUGUGCACACAUUUAUUAAUAUUUUUGAUGUCUGAACUUGUUGUUGUUGUUAUUGUUGUUUAGUUAUAUUAUCUUGGCUCACUACUGAAUAUAAAUGUAUACUGAUGAAUUUAUAGACUGGAUUUUUUUCUUUUAGGGGAAUAUAAUCGGUUAAAAAGUAUAAAUAAUAUUGAUUCACAAGCGACUUGGUCAAAGAUAUCAUUGUUUGCUUGUUGUUAUAAUAAACUUGCACUAUUUUUAUUUGACUACUAAACAAUAUCCACUUCGGAUGUUUUUUUCUCUGUUAGUAAGGAUUAGGCCAAUCGAAAAAUGAAAUUUCGGUAUCAGUUGAAAGGAAUGUUCGGUGUCUGACUUGAAGGA